UCUCCCUCCAUAUCAAGCAAAGCAAGAGCGCCCUAAUAAACAUUAGCAAUGGCAAACGUCAGGAAAACACAAGUUAAAAAAAUAUCAAGUCCAAAUAUUAUUCAAAUUACGGCGACUCCUAUCCCAACGCCCGAAAUUAUAUGCAAUGAGCCUCAAGCAAGUAUUUUGCAUAAAUUGGGAAAUGGCGAGUAUACGAUAGUAAAACGCAACAUAUGCAGUUCCGUUUGGAAAAUAUUCCGCGAAAUUCGGCGUCCCGAUGGUACAAAGCUAUUGGGUCGUUACUAUUGUGUUGGAUGCAAUCAGAUUUUAAAGUCUAUAGGUGACAUAACAUCAAAUUUACGUUCGCAUAAAUGUCAUGCCGAUUUUUUAAAGAAACAAACAACAAAUCCAUUAAACUCGACGACAAUUAGUACCAAUGGUAGUAGUAGUAAUAUAACCGCGAACAAUACAGUCACCGGGAAACGCAAGCGGGGAUUGGAUAUGUCAGAUACCGAGUGGGAGCCAAACUCUGAUGAUGGCAAGAAAAAUACCUCGCCGGUCUCUGUGCGGUACCAGAAAAAUGAUAAAAAGAAGAAAAAACCAAUUUUAAAACAAACAAAAGAAGUGCCAAAGGAGACACCGAGAUGUGAUUACAAACGUUUCAAUUGGACUGAAGAUGCCACAAGAGUGUUUCUACAAUUAUGGGCAGCUCAUAUAGACGAUUUACGUGGUAGUCGAAUGAAAAAAGAGGUACAUAAGGAAAUGGCCAAUGAGAUGCAAAAAUUUGAAAUCACUUACACUGAAGUUAAGGCUAAAAUAGAUAACAUGUCCAAGCGAUAUAAACAAGAAUCGGAAAUGUCUAGUUCAACUGGUAUACCCUCACAAUGGGAGUAUUUUUAUAAACUGAGAUCCCUUUUAACUGGGACCGCAUCUACAGUUAAAUCUUUCGAAGAAAUCAUUGUUAAACAGCAAGUUUCUGAUAGUGAUAAUGAAAGUAAUCAUGCCGCAUCAUUUGAUAUGGAACAUGACGAGAAUCUAAUGAAAGAGGAUGAGGACGAAGAAGAGUUUGACAAUAGUAUGAUGCUGCAAGAUGAUCAGCAGACAAAUUUAUCAACAAGAAGGCAACACAAGGAUGAACCAGAAGAUGACGAUGAUUUUGAGGAGCAGCAAGAUCUAGACACAUCCGCAUCGCCAUCAAACGUUAGUCCCAAAGUAAAUCGAGCCGAACGCUUAUUACAAAUUGAAAAGGAGAAACUUCAAAUCGAAAGGGAGAAAUUGAGUGUAAUGCGAACAUUUAAACAAGAUUUGGCAUCAUUUCAUAAAGACCUCAUGGAAAUAUUGCGGCGGAAAUUUAAUAAAUAAAAAAAGUUUGCAAAAUAAAAA